GGGACCUAUGAAAAUCGUCCCUGUUGAGGUUCUUGAUAUGAGACGUUACACAGAUGGCAAAGCUUAUGGCAUAACGUCCAUUUUAACUGCAACCACACAAUUCAGAAAAAUACAGCAACUCAUUAUUCAGGCAGAGAAAUACUUCAAUUUAUGCCAAGCUAUGAAACCUUUAAUGAUUAACAAAUAUCAAAUUUUGGAAGAUGGCACUAUAAAACUCACAGACAAUUCAUUGGUCAUGAACACUGGAAUGCCUACAAUAGACAAAACACUGGUAGAAACAUGGACGAAACCUAAAUUGGUUUCAUUAGCAGAAGUCCUCAAAAAUGAAGGACACCCUUCCAGGGUUACGGUGAAAGGAAUCGUUACCAAGGUCUCGUCAAUCCUGCAAACAGAGAAAAGUACCAGAAAAAUAAUUACAAUCGAAGAGGACAACAUAACAAUAGAAAUCAAACUGUGGGGCGAAAAAGUUACACUUGUUCCAACCGUGGGGGAAACUACUAUGUUUAAGUGCAUGGCUGUUGACUUCUAUAAAGAAAAAAUAUCUUUAAACUCAACAGUUAACACCACAAUUGAAACUAUGCAAGACAAUGAAAGUGUUCAGGGUAAAGUCGAUGCAGCAUCUUUUGAAGCAGAUCACAAUUCUAUCUUGAUUAAGGAUUUAUUCCUAAUUGUGGAUGAUAGAGACAUGGAUCGGAUCUUUCCCAGUGGGGAAUUCACAGACAACAGAGUGAUCAAAGGAGAAAGAAAAGGCAAUAAGCUUGUGUCACUCACAACUGUGACCGAAGAGUGAAAGAGCAACAGAGACUUCUGGUUUCCUUAAGCAGGAGACAAAAAUUUCCUGAUUUCACUUGUAUGAAUAUGUGUAUCAUUCUGACAGCAAGAUGUCCUUCAUCAAGCAUUGAUGUUUCAAGAUAUUUUUAGUUUGUUUACUAUGUUAAAAAACAAAAAUGUUCUAUUUUAAUUCUUAGCUCACCUCAAGGAAAUUAGGGGAGCUUAUGUAAUACCGUCAUCAUCCUGGGUUAAGGUAAAGUUUAUUGGAGCAGUUUUCUGUUGAAGUACUUUUAAGUCCUAUAUUGAUCAGACAUCCAUGAAAGAUCUUCCUCAUUUACAACUGUACCAUAAGCAGUAUUUUAACCAAACUUGCAUGGAUGAUCCAUCUAAGGAUGCAAACUACCAGACUUGCCUCAGAUGCUGCAUCUGACCUGCAUUUUCUGCUUGUGUGAACAGGUUAUAGUUCUUGGUUCUGUUUUCAUUUCAUUCAAAGAUACUAUGAGCCCUAUGACCAAACUUGCAUGGAUGAAACAUCUGAGGAUAAAUACUACCAUACUUGCUUUGGAUGCUGAAUCUCUCCUACAUUUUCCGGUUGAGUGAACAGGUUAACAUUUUUGGUACAGGUUUCAUUUCAAAGUAAGUUUGAGCAACUUAAUAACCGAACUUGCAUGGAUGAUGCAUCUAAGGAUGCAUUCUACCAGGCUGGCUUUAGAUGCUGAAUCUGACUUACAUUUUCUUUAUUUGUGAAAAGGUUAUUUUUUACACAUUUUCAUUUUCAAGUAAGUUUGAGUUCUAUGUUGAGCAAACUUGCAUCUAAAAAACACCUUAGGAUGCACAUUUAUAGACUUCCUUCACAUGAUAAAUUUGACAUACAUUUUCCAGAUAAUGGACCUUGUAAAAGUUUUGGAUGAAAGUCUAUUACCAAGAAACUAUAAAGCUUAUAUAAACCAAACUUGCACAGAUGAUGCAUCAAGGGAUUAAAACUCUCAAACUUGCCUCAGAUGCUGGAUUUUUAUUACACAUUUUCAAGAUGAAGAAUUACUUUUAAGUUUUUAAAUAGGUCUAUACCAAAGUAUCAAAUCAAAAUUGCAUACAUUUUGUAUUUUUGGAUGUACACCUUUUUGUUGGUUUAUUGUAUGAAUUUGCCUUACUUAAGGAAACAUUCAAUGUAGUGAGCUCUGUCAUCUUGGAUUACCUAUGUUUGAACAACUGGUAAAUAGGCUAAAAAGCAUAUUAUUGAACAACUCAAAAGUCUACUAUAUUUUGCUGUCCAUCAUACCCAUCAUUUUAUUUUCUUUUAAAAUUGUGUCAUCAUAAUCCAGUACAUUCAAUAUCUCUUGUACUUUUUUUUACAGACAUUACACUGUUUAAAAAGAAAUUCAUAUAUUUUUUGGGUUGUUAUUUUUCUUUCAUUGUUAAUAACACAACAUCCAAACCUUGCACAUUGUUUGCUCAUUGCUAGAUUUUAUGUAUUCCUUUCAAUAUGGGCCAAAAAAUUGUUUUUUCAAUAUUAUACUCAAAUGUGUACAAAAUGCAUACUAAUUUUGUUAUCAUUGACAACAUCUUCAAUAAACGUCAAAAGCUAUCAAA